CUCAGCAUAAGUCUCCUCCCAUAACCGGACUACAUCUCCCAUGCUGCAUGUCGUGACUGACUUGGCUUGACAGAGCCAUUGUAGAGGAAGUUUGGCAGCAGUCAUUGAGAGUUUUGCAGCCAUGCCCCUACUCAUUGACAGCCGGAGGCUAGAUGUCAGCCUGCCCGCCGCCCGGAUACUACAGACGUGUCCUCAGCUGGAGGAGCGAGCAAGAAAUUUAAGAAGCCAGACAACCCAGGUUGUUGGAGCUGACAAAUUUCUUUAUGUGCAACAACGGGAACUUGCGACAACUACACCAAAUGACAGUUCAAUUUCCAUUCUCGGGUCAGAAGAUGCAACUACUUGUCACAUCAUUGUUCUCAGACACACAGGAAGUGGGGCUACUUGUUUAGCUCACUGUGAUGGAUCUGAUUCUGAGAAUGAAGUGGCGGCCAUUGUGCAGGCUGUAAAGUCACUAACAAAGACCACUGAAGGGAGGCUAGAACUGCAUAUAGUCGGCGGGUUCAAUGAUCAGCGCCAAUUGUCCCUGAAACUGUCACGUCAGCUUCUUAAAGUGUUUCAUAGACAGCCAGAGGAUGUCCAUUUAGUCACAUUUUGUGUUACAGAUAUAAAUGACAAGGAGGAGAACGGUAUUCACCUUCCAAUUAUUUAUGGCAUAGGCGGCUGUAUGAAGGCUAAUUUUUUGCGCUGUGAUCUGUACUUUUUAUCAAUACCACAUAUAGCAGUAAAUGUUAAGACAGGAGAAAUUUCCAAAGCAACAUUUCCGGACCGGCAGCCAGAUGAGGAUUUGCGUUCUGCAUACAUUCUAACUGGAGGACAUAUGGUGAAUAUUUAUGAUGCUGAAAAUGAGCAGUUAAACAUUGGUCCUUAUUCCUGGCAACCUUUCCCAAACAUAGAUUUUUGGCUGAAUCAGGAAGACCGGCAGAUCCUGGAAUGUUUUUCCACAUCUCCACAGGCAGAACCUCCACAUUUUGUCCAACAUAUGAAAUCUUCACUUCAGUAUCUGAAGGACAAUCCACAUCCUCAAGUAUCUGUAUUUCCUAAUGGAGAGCCCCGUUCAUAUAAGAAAAAAGCAGAUGGACAAUGGGAAAGAAUCAAAAACUGAUGCAGGUUUAUAUUAGUAUUAGAAAAAAGGUUCUACUUUUUUUUUUAUAUUUGGAAACACCACCACUCUUGUUUACGGGCAGUGUUUGGUAUUGCAGCUCAGCUCCAUACACAGGAGUGGCACCAUUACUUGGGAACAAAAAGUAGACUCUUUACCUAAUCUUGGACAAUCCUACCUUUCCUAUUUGUACAUAUCCCAUUUCUGAACCAUAUGGACCAUGGAACUCUAUGGGGGAGAUUUAUCAAAGUUGUCUAUUUCCCCGCAUCAAUAUAGACCAACCCACAGAGGGUUUGGCCGGUCUCUUGUGCGCUUAAUUUAUCAAGUCGCAAGAUCUAUGGUUUAGGCUGCAUUCUCACCUCGUUUUUUACGUUACGGGUACCGGUGACUCCAGUCGGCUAAUUUUUUACCCUUAUGAGGUUUCCUGACCAGACCUAAAACCGUAAUAAUAUACUAUGGUUUUAGGUUCAGUCAAAAAAAACAGAUAUGGGUAAAAAAUGAGCCGACCGGAGUCACUGCUUGACGCCGGUCGGCUCAUUAAAGUAAAUGGAUUUCAUCGCUGGUAUGGCUGGGGUACGGGAGAGCCCGGUUUGCCCCUCCCCCAGCCGGAUCCGGCAGCUGUAACAUAAAAACGAGGUGUGAAUGCAGCCUUAAACUGUAUUUAAACCUGCUCCAGCAUGGUCUGACAUUUCGGCGUACUUUCAGCCAACGCGAUUUUUCGCUGAAAAGUCGCUAUUGAUAAAUUCAGCACCAAGGCCUUUUUCCAUCUAAAAUAGACUAGAAUGCAUCAUGUUCUAAAACUCCUCUAAAGCAAGAGUCACAAAAAAAAGUUGCACAUAUUUAGACUGCGACUUUCUGUGUGACAAAUAUAGAUGGAAAAAAAACUGUCAAUCCUUUGAUAAAUCUCCCCCUAUGUCUAUGCAAUUUCCUUAUUCGCAGGGCCAGAAAGAAAUCAUGACUAGAAGUACUUGGUAAAACAAGUACAUUUCCUACAUAACUUUUUUCUUUUUUUUUUUGGUUUGCAACCAAUACCAGUAGUACUGGGUGCUGAUAUUUAGUCAGCUUAGAAUUCGUGAUAAUACAUUUUCCAGCUAGUAAAGCCACUUUUUAAACCCAGUUUAUGUGUAGAAAUGUGUGUGUGAAGUUUCAUUCACAUUACUUAUCCUUUUUUACAGAAAUUCUGCUACUGUCUCAUCUGAAUAGGAUUUGUAGGAGUCAGUGUUAUUUAAAUCAAUGGAACUGAAUCAGAAAAUUCUGCAACAAAUCUGCUGCGUAUGAGUACUCAAACUGAAUUCACACUUCUGUUGUCUUGCUUGCUGUUUCAAUAUCUGCAGGGGCUCUGUGCAUAAUCUGCUGUAGAAGAAAACCAGAUAUUCUACUGUAGUCUUGUACUAAUGGUUUUCAGAUACAAGCAGUAGAAUUGUGAAUGGAGCAAAGUUCUUUUAUAGGUUAGAUAAGUAACACAAUGGCCUAAAUUAUAGAUCUGUUGGAGACAAAACUAGAGUGGUUUGCCCAUGUACCGUUCAAGGCUCAGCUUUAAUUUCUUAUCAAACUAUAGAGCAAUGAAAGUCAAGAUGUGAUUGGUUGCUAUGCGUAAAUCACUCCAGUUUUGUCUUCAACAGAUUAAUACAUCUGUGUUAGAUUGUGUUUUUGGGUCUAUUCACAUGUACAGGAUCCUGCGCAUAUUUGAUGUGCAGGAUUUGGAGCUGCAGAUUUUAAGUUGUAUUCAGUCAGUCAGUUUACAUUGAGCUCUGCAGCUUCAAAUUCUGCGCAGGAUACUGUAUAUGUGAAUAUACCCUGAAGGUAUGUUCACAUUAGGGCUGCACGAUAUAAGGAAACUGUGAUUAUGGGCGAAAUAUUGCAAUGCAAUAUAAUAAACAAAUAGUGAAAUCCCCCUAUUUCAUGCCCAAUCUUGCAUCUCCCCCAUUUAAUUUCUAUUCCUCCCACAGUCACAUUAUUUUGCAACAGCUGGAGGCAUCCUGGUUAAGAAACACUGACUUAGUAUUUGAAUUUGUUUUUACCUUCUCUGGCCGGCCCCCACCUGAAGCCGCACACGGGACCUGGCCUGAGCAGAUAAUCACAAGUUUUCCCCAGAGGGGCCAUAUCCCAAUUCACAAAAAUCGCGAUUCAAUUGCUUUUAUGAUAUUGUGCAGCCCGUAUUCACAUGCUCAUAUUUGUCAAACGUCUCCAAUAGUGGCAGAUUUCCGGAGGACCUGUUAAAGUGAAUGCUAGCGUAACUCGAAGUCCAUGGGGCUCUGCUGCAGCUUAAUCUCUGUGCAGAAAUCGGCACAGAAAUUCUGAUGUGUGAACAUAACCUGGCCCACCUUUGGACACUGUGUCUAAGAUUAAGCCACCUACUCGUGAUAAUCUAAGGCAACACCCCUUUUUUCUACUAAACCAAGCCACUUGUCUUAUCAAGGUGCAAAAAGUAUCUAAAACUAAUAAAUUUGGUGCAAGGUGUGUUCACCAGUUUUAACACAUUUGCAACAAUAGCUCUACCCUGUGUAUUUUAAUUUACUCAACUAUGCUAAAAUUGAUAUCUAAACUGUAUCGAAGGAUAAGCUCUAAAGUUAGGUUCAUACUGAGGAAUAUCCCAGCGUCCACUUAGCAGCAGAUUCUCAUUGUUGUCAAUUGGAUUGCAUUGCACAGUGCACACUUCGGAAUUUCAGAAGCGGUGAAAUUCUGCCAGAAAAAGAAUGAUCUUUCACGUUGUUCUGGCAAAAAAAAAAACAUUGCUGUCUAUUGGGAUGGCAAUGCCUGCACGGACUCAAGCCCCAAUUCCAUGGUGGAAUUUCAAACUGGACAUUCCCCGGUGGCAGGAGAAGGCAGCACAAGCAAGAAUUGAGAUGUUUCUGGAGUCAAGAAUUUUAAUUUCCACAGCAGAUGUGAAAACCAUGGGACUCUGCUGCAACAGAAUUUCCGAUGAUAUAUUUCUGUUGGAUUCUGCUGUGUAAAUAUGGAACCUUACACUCUUUACUUCUGGACAGGAAAUCCUUAGUAAAACCCCUGCCUUAGGGUACGUGUAUAUUUUAUGCUGCAGAUUUACUUUAGAUUUUGCUGUCCAUUGACUUCAAUUGGUAGUAAAAUCUGCAACAGAAAAUCAUGUGAAAGAGCCCUUAGGCUAUGUUCACAGAUUGGAAUUUUUUGUACAGAAUUCCGCAGCGGAGCUCCAUUGAUUUCAAUGUCAGCACAGACAUUUCCUGUGUGAACAAAGCCCAACAGUGUUAUCACCCAAUCUCCUGAAAAUAAAAACAUUUUCUAACAAAUAAUGCAGAAUCAUGGACACUUUUUUUUUUUUUUUUUUUUCCCCUCUCAAUUCUAGGGAGGAAAUAGUUUAACAACACGGUUGUUUUGGCGCAUUUAUAUUUGGGCAAAACACUGUGGCCAGAGGUUUAUUAAGAGUCUAUAGGGAAGUAUAAAAUUCACUACAUAUACAAUGGCCCAGAUAGAUCAAUCUGCCCGAAACUGUCUGAUUUUUCCCACAGCAACCAAUCACAGCUAAGCUUUCCCUUUACCAGAGCAUGUUAAGAUAUGAAAGCUGAACUGUGAUUGGUUGUUAUGGCCAAAACCAGACAGUUAUAGUUCUAUGCAGACUGAUAAAUCUGCAUAGGAUUCUCUGUAGGGCUUAAAAACAAAUGUACAAAGUGACACACACACACAAAAAUAUUAACACAAGCAAGAAUAUUUAAAUGAAAUUAUGAAGCACUAUGAAGGUGUCCUAAAACAAUUCCUAAAGGUGCUUUUAUUUCUCUUGCCCUCUUCAUUGGGGGACACUUAACUGAUGGGUAUAUGCUCUUGCCACUAGGAAAAAAAAAAAGUCAGCUCCUCCCUGGCAGGGUAUACCCGCUGCCGCGAGCAUAGCCGGUUUUUCCGUAUCUCAUUGCUGGGUGAGGGAACUGGGGUAGGGUCCCUACAGGCAUGCGGGCUUGAUGUCAGUCGGCCAUUCCUUCGGCUGUUGAGUUCUCUAUUCCACCUGGUCAACCAUUUGGUCGGACCGCACUCUAGUACCCCACCUUAUGUGGGAGGCUGACUGGAGUCAUCUUGGGUGCUCUGGAAUUCUAUUCCUGUCGGCCAGUCAGUUUUCCACAUGGUAAAUCCAGUCAUCUACCAUACAUUUCCCACUCUGUGGUCGGUAGUUCUGGUACCCCGCUGCCAGUGCGUUUUCAGUGAAGCACCCCGUGUUGCUCUAUAGACUUUGUUCCAAGCAUCACAUACUGAAUUGCAAGGUUAACUCUGUCCGACGGCUGGUAUCUCACUUCUCUGUGUUUUCUGUCUGCAGGACCAUGGUCCCUGUGCCACAUAGCCGGACCUGGUCACCUUCCUCAUUACUGUCGAUGCUGCGGCUGUAGUCCACCGUCCUUUUUCGUGUGUGUGUGUGUGUGUGUGUGUUCUUGACAGCCUUUCUACCUGUAAGUCACUCUGUAUCUGCAGGUUUCCUGCUCCACUUAACCUUCUUCAUUAGAUGUCUGCGGUUCUUUGUGUGGCAGUCUUGGUGCCCCACUACUAUCGUGAGAUCCUCAUGUAUGUGUCUCUGCAUAUACUAGGGCAGCCCAGUAGGUGUGGAACCCACCUUUCCUUCUGUUCAGCGGGGUAAGCCUCGGGUUCUCCUUAGAUUUUUCUUCCUCUGUCCUGUGGCAAUUCACCACUUCUGUUCUGCCAUGGGGCCUGGAGGGUGACAGUCAGUUCAGUCUCUCCCUAUGCCUACAGGUGUCUUUUUCCACCUACUCUUUUUUGCUUUUUUUUUUUCUCCAUCUGGUUUGGCUCUCAACACGUUUGUGUUUUUUUGCCCAGCUCCAGUGUACAGGCUUCCGAUCCCUCCCAGCCCUUGUUCCAUGGCUUUGGGGCAGCAUUUCCCUUUUGCUGCUGUGCCUGGCACACUUGCAGUUUCCCUUUUCCACAGGGUGUGGGGAUCGGGGUGCUUGGCAUGGGUCUUUACUGGUGUUUUCUUCACAAAAUUUGAUCACCCUUGUUUUUCCCUCCUCUAGAGGGACUAUGCUGUUGAGUUUUUUUUCUGCCGCCAGGCUGAUGCCGUCUCGUUGUUCCCCCUUUUUCGGUGGGAUAUUGGCGGGGCCCUUGUCUUUUACCGAGGGCACUCUAUAGUUUUUUAUUGCCUAGGCUUGUGGGCUUGCCAUCCACCUUUGCAGCCUAGCUCUCUUCCACCUUUUUGGUUAGCUACUGCUGCUCACGCAUCCUUGCCUCUCUCCUCGGUUGGAGGAAUUUGUGCAAUCUCCAUGGAAGGGUUAGUUGUUCAUUCCUUUUUUUUGUCUGUCAGUUGUUCCGCACUGUCACCCAAGUCUUGCUUGGGUCCGCUAGGACCACUGGGUCUCUGAACUGUUUGUCCUUGGCUUAGACUCUGUCCUUGGAUGCUGUGGCAUGUCUUCCUUUCAGUCAGCUAUUUCAGUUGACCUUGGUACUGGUUCCGAUCUUGGGCAUGUGUUCUGUUUAGGCCCAGAUUCCUCUGCUAGCCCAUCUGGCGGGGAGGCUUUUUCUCUACUGCACUCCUCCUCUUCAUGUUUUUUUCCUGGAAGUGGUCAUCCGGAGACUUUUCGUGGUAGUCUGUUUUUUCCUUUCUCUUCAGGGGUUUUCCAGGUGACCCUAACAUUCAUUUCUUGUCUGGUCCCCCCCAGUGGUCAGCCUUUUCCUUGGGGUCCUAAUCCAUCUUCCUUGACGGGCGACCUUCCGGGAGCUCAAUUUCCGACCUGGGGGGCUCGUCCAUGGGCCCCGUGGAUUCAGUCUUGGGACCGAUUCCUUCUCUCUGGUGGUUGUAUUUUCCCACCCUAGGGGACUGCUUUGGUACGUCCCAUCAGUUAGGUGUGCCCCAAUGAAGAGUGCCAGAGAAAAGGAGAUUUUUGUACUCACCGUAAAAUCUCUCUCGUAGUUCUCAUUGGGGGACACCGCACCCACCCAUUUUUCUUUUUUCCGGUUCUUGGGUUGUCUCUCAGAGAUUGCUUUCUAGGGUCCUUUCAGACGAAUUUCUUGUUGGCUUCUCCUACUGCUUUGUGACAACUGAUUUCCUCACUGUAGGUGGGCGGGUAUAUACUGCCAGGGAGGAGCCGACUUUUUUUUCCUAGUGUCAGUGACUCCUAGUGGCAAGAGCAUAUACCCAUCAGUUAGGUGUCCCCCAAUGAGAGCUAUGAGAGAGAUUUUAUGGUUAGUACAAAAAUCUCCUUUUUUAUGGCCAAGUAAAUAGUCCUUUUAAAGGGGGACUCUGGAGGGGAAAAAAAAGUACUUAGUUGCUGUAUGCUCCAGCAGACUACAGUGCACUCUGCCGUCAGGAACUGUCCAGAGCUGAGAGGUUCGCUAUGGGCAUUUGCUCCUGCCCCAGGCAGUUCCUGACAUUGACCUAGGUGGCAGCCAAGAGCACUGGUCGGGCUGUAUGCUCCAAAGGAAGUUAUAAGUACUGGAACGCUUGAGAUUUUGAAAUACAACCAAAGCAUGUUUACUAUGUGGUUUUUAUGCCAAAAAUAUUGGUCUGAGCAGCAGGCUUUUCUUUUUUGUAUUACUUUAGUGGUACAGUGACAGUAUUCCAUAACACAUAUGUAUUCAAAAUAAAUAAUCACAGUUUCUAUGUCUAACUCAUCAUGAAUGCAGCAAAUGUGUCAGCUGUAUUUUUCCUGACUGAAGUAAAUGUGGAAAAGUACAGCAAAUCUACUUUAAAAUGUCCUGGUCAUUCAAAAAAUAAACUUGACAAGAGGAAAAUAUACAGUAUAUCCUAUUUGCACUGUGUAAACAUACAUUGAAAAAACCUUCACUUUAAAAUGUAAGGUUACCAAAAAAGAAAAAAAAAAAAACUUAGGACAUGUCAGAGAGACCAGCCAUGGUCUUAGAUCUCAGACCCCUCCGACAAAGCAAAUGAGUGGGUAGAAGCGCGUGUUAGCACACUUUACUCCCAGUUUUUACCGUACUGCAGUUCUAUAGCCUUAUAAUGGGACCAUAGGAUGGAGAUUGCUUCUCCCUGUUUGUUCUACUGAUCAUUAGGAGUCUCAACACUGAGACCCUGCCAGAUAAAAAGUUUUGAUAGAUCUCUGACAUGUCUUUUUUUUUUUUUUUUUUUUUAAAGAUGAAAAGGUACACUUUUUAAAAGACAUGGUCACACAGGUAUAGGGUAUAUUUUCCAGCUGUUUUUUUUAUGUGGAAAACCCACAGAAUGUUACAGUAGAAGCAAAGUGGAUGGGAGCUGUAGCAAUCUCAUCCACAUGCUUCCUAAAAAGAUCUGCAUAAAAUCCAUGCAUAACUUAACCUGCAUUGGACUCCUCCUAGAGAUAACCAGUGAACAUUACUGGAACUAUGAUGCUGCAGUAUGCACCUAACAUGAAGAAUGGGAUUGUCCACGUUCUGCUCUAAAUGAUAUGACAACCAAGGAUGAGCACUGGAAUGAUGAUUGUUACCGGAACGGGCUGUAGAGAAAAGUGAUCAGUUAGACUAAAGCAUGACACAAGCUCAGCAAGUGGAAUUAUCAUCUGUGUUACCCCACAGAUAAAAAAAAAAUCUUUAUUCAAACAUUGAGCAUAAACAGUUAUAAUUCAACAAACAAAGAUAAACCGGAGUCCACAAUCUCAUAUAUAUGUAUAUAUAAAAACAGUAAAAAUUUGUAUAAUUAUUUUACAGUCUGAAAUUUACCCUUACCCCUAUGCCCUAAAAGGAAAAUUUAUUGUAGACUUCAUUGCACCAGUAGACAGUAAGAUAACGAUAGGAAGGAAGACUUGACUAUUAGCACUUCUUAGCAAUCAUUCUAAAGAAAACUGCACCCAAAAAGACGGUAGGGGCAGCAAGGCUUUCAAAGACUUGCCAUACAGGUGAAUUCACACACAGCAGAUUAUCUGGACGGUCAUCUGAUGAAGGCUUGGUAGAAAUCCAUACACUUGUUCCUAAAACAAGUCAGUUUAGUUAUAUUUAGAUGAAACUAUAUUCAGUACUAGUAAUUUCUGCAACAAAUCUGCCAUGUGUGAAUAUCUCCGUACAAGAAGCUAUACAGAAACUAAGACCAUUCACACACCAGUAUUCUGAAAGUAUGAAUGUAGAUAGCAGCUCGGGUAUUUAUAGCAGUAUUGAAAGUGGAGCAGCAUAUCUGUAAUGUGAGUUUCACAACAGAAACCUGCGCCAAGAUUCAGUCCAAUGCAAGUUGCACAUGUAAAGGAUGAAAAUCUGCAGCUUUUACGCAAUAGAAUGAGCAUGGUGUAGAAUAGAAAAUCCACACCAUGCUCAUUCUAUUGCGUAAAAGCUGCAGAUUUUCAUCAUUUACACGUAUUGGACUGAAGUCUGCAGCAAAAAUCUACAUGCAACAUAUGGAUUUUCCUGCAAAUCCACUGAAAAAAAAUUAUGGAGGAAAUGAGAACAGAAAAAAGGGCUUCACUCCCCUCCACGUAUAGUGCCACUGUCUAUAGUAUAAGUAUUAUAAUCCAGCGCAGCUCCAUUUAAGUAAACAAAAUUAAAGGGGUUAUCUGGGAUUAAAAAAUACGUAGCCGCUAAAAAAAAAAAAAAAAAAAAAAAAAAAAAUGUGGUAUUACAACUUUGCUCCAUUCACUUCAAAUGAACUAAGCUGCAAUAAAACACAACCUGAGGACAUGUAGGGUGGCGGUGAUAGGACUCAGGACCCCCGGACAGGCAGGGGGAGAGAAGCGGGUGGCGGCAGCGGUCUAUGGCACCGCAAAAGCCGCUGCAGUUCAUUGAUUUAAAGCACCCGCUUUAAAUCAAUGAUCUGCAGCGGUGUCGUGGGGGGAUAAAUAGCCGAUAAUUUAUACCGAUAUUCCGGUAUAAGUUAUCGGCCCUAACCUCAACAGAUUAUCGGUAUCGGCCCUAAAAAACUAUAUCGGUCGAUCCCUAGCUGAAAUCUGCAUUUUUUUUUUUUAAAGUCCUGGAUAACUCCUUUAAGAUGAUAUACCAGACAUAGCCCAUACAGGACGGUGGCACUAUUUCUAGAAAGAAAGGAUAAUUUCCUGAUCCCCUACAACCCCAUUAAAAGUGAAGUUCAGCCUUGGGGGCCUAUUUUUUAAAGGAACUGCUAACAAUACAUAUAUAGACAGAGGAAACUGAUUUCUCCUUUACGGUCCGGUUUGUAAAUUGCUCUUCAUCUUGAUAUAUUAAAAGCUUUCUGAUAAAGGUUACAGGGAGUCUGUCAGCUGUAUUUGCUGCAGACACAGUUGGAUAGCUGCUAGGGUAUAAAAGCAAAUUGUGCCUUUACUGAACCUAUACCAAACUUAUAAAAAUUGCCAAAGAGGUAAGGCUGAACCCCUAAAGUGUCACAUACUAGCACACCUCACUCACUCACUCCCACCUCCUAGUUUCUCCUCGACUAUGGUACAGUGCCCUGUAUGCCAGGCUGUGGCACUUGAGCAGCUGGGCCCCGCCUCUUGGACACAGGCGCCAAGAAAAGAAAAACGACAAUUUUAUAAGAUUUGGCAACCAGCAACAGCCCAGGGAAAGGUACAUUUUGCCUAUAUAACCUAACAAUCCACCUGUGCCUGCAGUUCUUAGCAGCAAGUAGAGCUGACUGAUUCCUAUUAAAAGGGGUACUCCUCUGGAAAA